AGCGCCACUCAGUUUACUACAAACUCAAAUCGACGACGCAUGUCGCUUCUCUCGUUGUUGUGACCGUGUGUAUGGUGCUAGUGUAAUAACAUAACAGCAAAUUGUUUUGUGCUGUGAUAAUUUGUGUGGUGUAACCCUGUUCAUAAAACCGGGCUUUUUAAAGUUAUUGUGAUGCAGUUGAGCAUAUUCCUAUGGCUGUCUUGUGUAGCCCUCGCAGGAUAUGUUCGAGCGACAGAGGAGGGUGCAACUGGCGUUCCGUCAACGGAAGGCGCAGUACACCAGCACGACGAUCCGCUCGCAUCAGACAAGGAUCUGUUCAUCGACGAUGAUGGUUCCGGUGUAGAGAUCGACGAGAGCUCCGGCUCCGGGUGGGGUCCCGGGCCCGGUCCGGACGACGAGGACGGCCGCGCCGGCUCAGGUGACGCACCCAAUGCGCCUGAGGAUGACGAAGACUUCACUCUACGUACCACUACGACACCGGAACCGGUUGACUUCGAUUCAGACUAUUCGGAGGAGCAUAUGAUCGACUCGGUUCCGGAGACCGCACCCACAAUCCUGCCAGUAGACAAGUUCGAUGUAGUCAGUCCUCGUAUAUUAUCUAAACCAGAGGAAGCGCCAGACACACGUGGAUCUGGAGAGGAACAGUCCCCUCGUCCAGAUCAGACAGACAUUAGUAUAUCUGGGGAAGACAUCAACCCACCUAUUGACCAAGACAAGUCUGGUUCGAACCUCGAACCGGAGUCGCGUCCGGCGGACAACGUCGUGUUCAUCAUGAACGCUAAAUCCGAGGAUCGCGCCACCAGCUUCUUCGCGCAGCCUGGAAUACUUGCGGCUGUGAUCGGCGGAGCGGUUGUAGGACUACUUUGUGCAAUCCUGGUGGUCAUGUUCAUAGUAUACCGCAUGCGCAAGAAGGAUGAGGGCUCUUACGCGCUCGACGAACCCAAGAGGAGCCCCGCCGCAGCCUCCUACGGGAAGGGUCACAACAACCGGGAGUUCUAUGCGUGAGACCACACAGAACAAACUCUGCCACAAGUUUAUUAAACGAUACACAAAAAAGCAUAUUCAAAACGGCGGAUAACGCUAUUCCAAAUUUAAAUUCUGAUAUUGGCAGUUGCAACCCGUUCGCUUCGAACGUUUCUAUAGUAAUGUGGCUAAAUUUGUUCUGUGAAUAUGGAUUUAUAUCCAAUAAAUAUAUCAACAUGUAAAUGUACUGAUUGUACUUUGCUAUGUACAAACCAUGUACGACCUAAUGUUGUCUAUUCGACAUUCGAAUUAAUGGUAAUUUGUAUGAAUUGAAUUUUAUCAAAAUAUCAAUUUUAAGACCAAAUUUUUAAAGUCAACUAGUUGUUGAUGUUCAUAAAUUGUCCUAAGUCUUGAUGUACCAUAAACUGGACAAUAGCAGCCAAUGCGUGAUCUGUUAAGAGUGAGACACAAAGAGAGAGAGAGAGAAAGAGACACAAAAAUCUUGUUGUCGCAUCUUUUUGUUUCUUCUAAAUAACAGCUAACGUUAUUGGUCAAGUUUAAAAGUGUUCGACGUGACCACGGCCAGUGUGUUUUGGACGUUGAGCAAUACUAGUUAAAAGCCUUUUAAUCGAAACUUAACGGGAGAUCUUGUAUAAUGUUGUUCUGUAAAAAAUAAAUGUGCCAUCCGCUUCUUUCGAUUGUAUAUUUGCCAAUCAUAUGUUAGUUUUACCUUCAUCGCAUAGAUUAUAUUCUAACUGUAGCAGAUAAUCUAUGGACACGUCCAUAUCUUGUUUGUCUAUAUCAUGUAUAAAGUUAUUAUUUGAAACCUCGUAAAAUAAACGUCAAAAAUAAUGACACGUGUUAUAGACAUUUAAUAAAUUAAUAAGAAUUAUUUAAUAACAUUUAAAUUAAUAUCUUUAGUAAUUUACUGAAACCAUUACCUAAUAGUACGUUUCAUUUUACGAGGUUUGAAGAUAAAAUAUUUAAUUAUAAGCGUAAUUAAUAAAAUACACAUAUUACACAUACUAUUUGCACACGAAAGUGUAUCGCCGAUUUCUAGAAAAUCAUAUCUUUCAGAACAGUGGCCAUUGAAUUGUAAACUGUAUGCUAUGACAAUCUGUAUGAAAACGACUUUAGAAAUCUUUUUUGUGUUCCUUUAGUAUAUAAGUCUUUUGUAAUUGUUUUUUUUAUACUAACUAUGUGGGGUUUUAUCAUUAUUUUGUUUUAUACUUUUUAAUUAAUUUUACUUAUUGUAAUUUAAGACGAUUUUGUCGUGUCGGCUAUGAUUGAAUAAUAACACUUGUUAUCGCCUUUUUGGUUGUAUUUUUUAUAUAAAAAUCAUUUUCCGUCAGUGCGCAACGAAUUUUUAUUCCAAUUUUCAUUUCACGUUGAUAACAUUUCUUAUACUCACUAAGAAUUUUUUAAAGCAAUUGCCUAAUAAUUUCUUUGCCAAGUUAAAUAUGACAAUUCAGUCAAUUAAUUUAUUUAAAUUACAUUUAAUAGUCGUGUAUCAUUGAUUAUAUCAAAAUAUAAAUUAAUCAAUUAGUAAUUUACGUGUAUGUGUAUGUAUUUUUUAAUGAAUAAUUAUGAAAAUUGGAGUACGAUUCGGACAUAUUGAAAUAAUAUUGCUAGAUAAAUAGUGUAUCGAGAAAUAUUGUAAUCUAAAUGUAUUCUCAAAUACUAACUGCGUUUAAGGUAAUUAUAUAAGGACAAAUAUACUAGUAUCAGAAUACGAAUGUUGCAGUAGUAUUAACCGUACCAGCAGAUUAAAGAGUGGGAGCAGGACGGCGUAUAUGAUGCGCUCUGUCACACUUACGGUGACGCCAUAGUGACGCUCCGCACUUAUAAUUAUUAUAUUACAAUACAAUUGAAAAUAAUCCUAAAAAACUAAAAAAUAUAUGCAUUAUAUCAUGUAUGUAUAUACCAUAUUACUGAUAUUUGUUUUUAAAAUACUAUUAAAACACUAUCAAUGAUAAGUCAUUAUUUUAUCACAUCGUAAAACAAAUGCAGAAAGGGAUAUGACCACCUUCAUUCUAAUAUUCAUAUGACAGCGAGUCUCUUAUAACUAAUAAAAAUCAAAGCGAUCUUUCUUUCAUCAUUUUCUUUAAUACAUUUUAAUUAAUAAUCUACACGACGAUUAUAAACAGAUGCCAGAUACACUACAAAAUAAUUGUUUACUUAAAACGCAGCUAGUAUUCGUAUAUCUGCUAAAAACAUUCCUCUGCGAAUACAUUAAAAAUUAAUAUCCUAAAAUAUAAUAGCUAUGACGCUCACUUAGUGUAAGUAUCUGUACAUUAUAAUUGUAAAUUCUUUUAGAUCUAAUGCUACUAAUUUAUACAAUAACAUAGUAAUUCAGUAACCAAAUAUUUUUUUCUUUUUCAAAAUAGUCCAUUAAAUAUAGCAGAAGCUUAUAGGUUUUUCUUUUUUAAAUUAACAGAUAAAAAAUAAAAUCAAUAUUAAACUUGGCUAAUUAAAAUAUAUGAUCUGUGUCUAUUUUAUUUUUAAUGUUAAGUGUUCUGUGUUUUAUCACAUAAACCAAGUUUGAUAGGUUAUUAAUAUCAAAGCGCAAAAGUGACGUACUGCUUUUAAAAAAUUACAAAACUCUCUGACAUUUCAUUGACAACUUAAACUUAUGAUAGAAAUUUUUGGCACCGAUACGUCUUGACAGCAGUUGUCAAACUUUCUAUUGCGUAGACGCAAUUUAAAUCUCACAAAUUAAAUCAAACAUUAGUUUUUGUUUAUCUCUAGACAAGCUUAAGUUCGAAUAAAUAGCGAAUAAGUCCGUCACUUUUGUCCUGAGGUAUCUGGGGCAACUAUUGUAAGCAAUGCAGUGCCAAUGUUAUGCAAACUAUACGUUGCGUGUAAAGUCAUUUUGCAUUUAAGAUCACGCGAUUCAUGCUAUUUUUAAAUAACAAUGGCAUGGGAAUAUUUUAUAUCCAAAUAGACAUAUUUAUUUUUGCUCAAAUUAUUCAACCAUGGACAAUUUUUAAUCCGUUUUUUUUUUUCAUAUUUUAUCUGAAUAUUUGAAAAUGAUUUUGUAAACUUUU